CAGGUUUAUCGCUCCCCCGUGAUUAUGAUAAUAAUAAAAAUCAGAAAUUGGAGCUAAUCUCUCUCAUGCCUCAAAUAUGAUUACCUCCUAGAUAGACUUUAGGGAGGUGUCUUGGUGCUGGUGAACACCUUGUUACAACUAAUUGUGGCCACCCUCCCAUUCCUCGGAUCAGACAUAAUUAUCUUCACAUCUCCCAUUCCCAAAAUAUCGUAUAUUGCCUACAAAUUUAGCUCCUCGUGACUAUAAUGCUAAUAGGGUGGAACCUCAAAAAUCGAAUGUAUCACAUCAAACGUUUCGAAAACAGGACAUUUUUUUCGGACAAACUGUGUCCCUAUUAUCGAACGCGCCCCUAUUUUCGGACUGCCGGAUACGGGACAUGUCCAUGGGCCCGCUUUGUCCGCGUCCCUGCGCAGGCGCCAUGAGCAAUCUAGCUUUGUUUAUGCUUGAGUGAACACUAACCUGCACUCUCAUUCACACAUUUUACGAUUAUUUCAUUGUGUUUAGUGUUUGUGGGACUGUGAAAUAAGCUGCCAUGGGCCCAAAGAAACUUGCUAGUGUUACCCCUGUGGUAAAGAAAGUGAGAAACACCAUAGAUGUGAAGAAGGAAAUAAUACAAAAGUAUGAGAGUGGUGUGAGACUUGUUGAGCUUGCCAGGAUGCAUGGGAAAAACAAGUCGACCAUCGGUUCUAUCCUGGCAAAGAAAGAACAAAUCAAGGAAGCUGAUGUUGCGAAAGGUGUUAAUAUGCUAACCAAAAAAAGACAUGGUGAGGCAGCCAGUUCAGACAAACGGGCGGCUAAGAAGUUUGUACAGGAGUUUAAGGGGUACAUAGACAGUGAAGAAUUCAAACCUUAACAAGUGUUUAAUUGUGACAAAACAGGCUUGUUUUGGAAGAAAAUGCCAAAAAGGACCUUCAUCACACAGGAGGAAAAGGCACUGCCAGGACACAAGCCUAUGAGACAGGCUUACUCUUUUGUUCUGUGCUAAUGCUAGUGGUGCUUUUAAAGUGAAGCCUUUACUUGUGUAUCAUUCAGAAAAUCCCAGAGUGUUUAAGAAAAACAAUGUCUUUAAGAACAAGUUAUGUGUCUUGUGGAAAGCUAAUCAUAAGGCAUGGGUCACAAGACAAAUUUUCAAAGAGUGGGUCUAUGAAGUGUUUGGCCCCAGUGUGAAAAAAUACCUCCAGGAAAAGAAAUUGCCACUCAAGUGCCUCCUGUUAAUGGACAAUGCUCCUGCUCAUCCUCCAAACGUAUUAGACCUCUUGUCUAAGGACUUCAGUUUUAUAAAAGUGAAGUUCUUGCCUCCUAACAUCACUCCUCUCCUCCAGCCCAUGGACCAGCAGGUCAUUUCUAACUUCAAAAACUCUACACAAAAGCAGUGUUUGAAAAGUGCUUUGAAGUGACCACAGACACUAAGUUGACCCUAAGAGAGUUCUGGAGGAAUCACUUCAACAUCUACAGCUCCAUAAGCCUUAUAGGUAAGGCUUGGGAGGGAGUGACUUCCAGGACUUUGAACUCUGCUUGGAGACAGUUGUUGCCAGAUUGUGUCCAAAAGAGGGAUUUUGAAGGGUUUGAGGCUGACCCUGACCCAGCUCACCCUCUGCCUGUUGUGGACUCUAUUGUGGCAUUGGGGAACACCCUGGGGUUGGAGGUGAGUGGUGAGGAUGUGGAAGAGUUGGUGGAGGACCACAGGGAAGAGCUAACCACUGGAGAGCUGCAAGAGCUUCAUCUGGAGCAGUAUCAGACCACAGCUGAGGAACUUACUUCAGAGGAGGAGGAAGAGGGAGUGGAUGAGGUGCCUUCUUCAAAGAUUAAGGAGAUUUGUGCCAAGUGGAAUGAUGUCCAAAUGUUUGUGCAGAAGUACCACCCUGAGCAAGCUGAAACAAGCCAUCUUUGCAACAAGUUCAGUGACAGAACCAUGUCCCAUUUUAGGGAAAUGUUAAAGAGGUGCCAGAAACAGAGGACUGUGGACAGUUAUUUUGUGAGACAGGGGUCCAGUGACUCUCAAGCUGGUCCUAGUGGCAUUAAAAGACAGAGAAGGGAAGUAACCCCAGAGAGGGCUUUACCUGAAGUCCUCAUGGAGGGGGAUUCUCCUUCCAAACACUAACCCCAACUCCCUCUCUCCUCCCUAUCUUCCAGAUGCCAUCACCAAUCUUCAAUAAAGAAUGUGCCUAGUUACUUUUAUGACAACUUCAACCAAACCCUUAAAGGUUUUGAAGUAUUUUGGUGUUCAACUCUCAAUUCAAAAUAGUUUUCCUGUUCAACAGCUACAUAUCCUGUACAGCAAUUAGACCAACUGUUGUAUUGCAGACGUAUAGUGCAUCCAACUGAUAUAGCCAACGAAGAUGGUGCCUCACAUACGACAUAUGCUUUGCAGUAUGCGCAUUGGCACCACCUUUGCUUCUGCAAUGGCACCCAGGGUCAUGUCAUCUCUCUUCUACAGCAGAUUAGGGGCAGUGACCUCAUCACACCAAGGACUUCGGCAGCCACCCUCUGUGGCACUGUCGUUAAUCCAUGUCCGUGACUUCCAGUCACGCAGGUUCUCCCGUAAUGUCGAGUUCUUCACUGAAAGUGAUGUUCCAAUCCCCAAAAAUACAAUGGAGAUUGCUUCAAAGCUGAGCAAACACGAACGUCCAUUAACACUCUUAUUCUGCUGGCUCAUGGCCCGGGAACGACAUAUCAAGAAGUAUGCUCAGCUUUACACCAACUUAGGGUUUGAUGUACUAAAGAUAAGAAUUUCACCAUUUGAUCUGUUGCGGCCUACCAAAGGAUCACAAGUGGCAGCAGAUCAAGUGUUGCAAUUCCUACAUGCUAACCCCUCCCACAGUCCUGUCCUGGUCCAUGGACUGAGUGUUGGUGGCUAUGUUUCCAUGGAGCUCAUGGUUAAGAUUCACAACGACAUGAAAAAGCAUGGACACUUGCUGAACCGUUUUGUAGGACAAAUCUGGGAUAGUGGAGUGGAUAUUGAUGGAAUCCCUGAUGGAGUGCCCAGAGCCAUCACCAACAACCAAAGUUUACAGAGGAAUAUCAAAAAAUACCUCCUGUGGUACAUGAAGGUUCAGUAUAAUACAGCAACAAUUCAUUACCAGAGAGCAAGUGCAAAAAUGCAUGAAAACUUUCUAGGGGUGCCAGCACUCUUCUUCUUCUCUGAAAAUGACCCAGUCUCCACCCCAGAAAUGAAUGCUAAGGUGUACAAGAAGUGGGAGGCUAGAAAUUUCCCAGUAUAUGUGAAGUGCUGGAAAGAUUCAACCCAUGUCAGCCACUACUUAAAACACAGGAAAGAAUAUGAAGGUGAAGUGGUUGCCUUCUUAGAGCACAUUGGAAUAGUUGAGCCAACCCGACAAAGAGCUUCAUCCGUCUGAAAGUCCUUGGAUAUUUGAGUGAAAUUAUACCUUUGUAGAGAAAUAUUAGAUAAAGCAAAAAGAUAUGAUGUACUUAGUACUGAAUGUGUGUUUUGUGUCGAGUGUAGUGACUGCACGAGUAAAAAUGAGACCAUCAUUGGUGACAAGAAGUGUGCUUUAGUGGAAGUAUAUUGUACUGUUCCAAGAAGACUACAUGAUAAUGAGAGUAAUGUUCCUAUAUUAACAUCAAUUGCUAACUAUUUUAUGUACAAAAUGGAUGAAGUCACAGUUUAUAUCAAAUACAAUUUUUCAUGAGCCACGUCCAUUGAAAAUUACUACGUUGAUAUAUUAACAGUUAUAAAUAAUGAUACAUAAGGACACUUACGUUGAAUAUUCAGCAUGACAAGGUAAUUGAGAUAAAAGUUAUAAUAGUGUUAUAAUAGCUGGUAUACAACAUAACAACUAAGAAGUGUCAUGUACAGUAACUUCAACUUCCCCUUAAGUAUUAUUUUAUUAUACCAGUUAUGUACAUAUCUGGUUGAAGUUUUCUAUUCAUUUUCUUUCUCUAGUCACUUUUUUUUUUAAGUGGCAUCUUGUGAUUGAGUUUAUGUAAUAUUGUAAUCUCGUAUUUAGUUUUUCUUUAAUUAGUAUUCUUUUUCAUCAUAAACAGAAUUUUUUCCUGGAUAAAUAAACAUUUAUUUUUAAAUGCUAUGACUAUGAUCUGUAUAUUUGAAAGACUAAUUAUUUAAACUAUAGUACUAAAUUAAUUAUAUGUAGUAUGGAGAAAAGAAAAUUUUGUUAACAUGAAUUUGUAACUAGCAAAAUCCAAAGUUGAACCACCAAGAUAUCCAUCACAUAUUAAUAUAUCAUAAUGAUCGGGGUCCAUGACGUAUCGGUCCUCGCAGUUCGUGGUGCCCUCAAAUUCGCCAUAAAUGGCAAGAUCCUUCCAGGGUAAGCAUUUAUUUUCAUUAUUAUUAUUAAUGUAAAUGGCAAAUUUUUGCCUAGACAUGAGAAAAUGGGCCUGUAUGGUGGGUGUGUACAGUAUAAAAAAAUCCUGCCUCGCAGUGUAUGAUAGGAAGAGUUAAUCUCUGAUUGAGCAUUUGGAGGAUUUGUUUUAAGGUGGUUUUAUUGCCUGUUGGUGCAACAAGGACUGGAAAGCACUAGUGAAAAGAUUUUGGGUCUCUAAGACCAAAAGUGGCUUGUUAUAGGUCUUAGAGUGGCAGAAAUAGUUUUUUUUUUUUCUCCUGGAGAGGGGAUGGUCUACUCCCUGCCCCUACUUGUGGUCUGCUAUAUGGGUUUACUAGGGCUGCAUCAGUUAUUGGGAUGUCCUAAACCAUGGCCAAGACUUCUUGGUUAUAGUUUAUUAGCUGAGAAAUGGGGGAGGGGGGACAUCAACUUUUUAUGACUGGACUCAAAAUGGAGGGCAAGUGGUGUAUGAAAGAGGCCUUGGAAUGUGAUUGAUGAACAGAAGGAAAGUGUGGCUGGAAUGCCUACAGUAUUUGUUUUGGAUGGUUUUUAGAUUAUUAUUUUUGUUGAAAAUGUAAAAUGGACCAAUUUCCCAAUUUCUGGGCACCUAAGAGGGUAUAAAUCUGAUUAGUUGAAUGGGUAGUUUCUUGUGACCAAUGGAUAGUACAGAAUGAACAUUAGUAAAAUAGCUGGAAAAUGGGUCACUUGGAGCAAUGGAACUGGUUGAAAAUAGGCCUUAGUGGACAAAAUUGCUAUUGUGUAAAGUGUUCCCUAACCUCCAACUUUACACCUGCAUAAUUCUGUUAGUAUUACAUCAGUCUGCAUUGUUAGCACGAUUAUGUUAUAGAAAAAAUCUUGUAUGUUGACUUAUGGGUUUAGCGCUUAGUUAUCACUGCAGUAAUAAAUAUUUUUUAUUCAGAAUUGUAGACACAGGGCUUUUAAUUUUAGGGGGUGUGGAUAGCUUAAGAGUUAAAUUUUAAACAUAAUUCUGAAUUGAUACAGUAUUACUGCUUUGCUUCAGCUAGUUACUAAUGUAGUAUUCAUGGCCCAAUAAUGACUUACUUAUAAUGAUGGUUCUGGGGGACACCAGCACCUAGUAGGGUGAGAAUGCUCUGUCCUUACAUGAAGACAGUUUAUAUACUGUAGUCAGUAAAUUUCACAUUCAGCAGCUUCAUAACUGACCCUUUUUUUUCUUUAAAUGGUCCUGUGAUCAUCUGCCUAUUAUGCUGUACUUUAUAAGAAGAAGCCAACUUCAUAAGAGAUGUUAAAUGCAUACUGUUGGGUCUGAUUUGGCAUUUCUUCUAGUACGAGUAUAGAACCCAAGUCUCGGAACAAUAACUGUGCUGGGAUUACCAAGUCUGAGUAUUAUACUGCAUUUCUUCCUUUAAACUGCUAAAUGACCCAUAUGGAUUUAAAACUAUUUUGUGAAUACUGUAUCAAAGUUUGUCAUUUAUUUUUUACUGAAGGGUCAGUUUUCAUGGCAAAUAUUAAAUGACCAUAAUUAGAUGCUAAUGUGGGACAGAGUAUCUGUGAUCUGUUAUGUUGAACAAUGGUUUCAGGAAUGAUCAUUCCUCUGGCCUGGUUUUGCAUCAGGCAGCCUAAAUUGGAAAUGAAGUACAAGUACAACACCAGUUUACUCGCAACAGAUUGUAAUAAAGUUGGUAGAAUUACCAACAAUAUGUAAAGUAAAAGGACACAAGUGCAACUAAUGUGACAUUUUAUUGUGGCAAUGUUUCGCUCUCCAGGAGCUUUAUCAAGCCAUUAUGGUAAUGGCUUGAUAAAGCUCCUGGAGAGCGAAACGUUGCCACAAUAAAAUGUCACAUUAGUUGCAUUUGUGUCCUUUUACUUCGCAACAGAUUGUCCGGCACUUCGUUUUGUCUGUACAGUACUGCGACUACUUUUUUGUCAAAAUAGUUUACCUAGUGGCCACAGAUGGCAUUGUAUGUAGUGCAUGCUCAUUUAUAUUGUUUACAUUGUAGUUGUUCACGAUGAUCCCUUGAUUCUCUGAUUCUUAGCAUAUUUUGUUAACAAACUUAGCCUUGGCUAGUGAUUAGUUCUACAGCUCCAGUAAAAUUCUAAAAUUUAUUACUUUGUGAGUGGUAAUACUGCAACAUUCUUUGUAAGUACAGUAAUAAACCUGUUUCACUUGUACUAAUGUUUAAUUCAGGUUUCCAGCAGAGCAUGACAGGUUAGAGGUGUAUUGUUGAAUUAUUAUUAUAUGACCUCUUUUGGUCCAGCAAAAUCGAUGCACCGGCAAAGCCAAGGCUGUACCUGUAUUGUAUUACAGAAUUAAGAAAUAUAGGAAGGUAAAGAUAGUUGUACACUAAAUGUUAGUACAGAAUAUGUUCAUGAGAUAUUUGUCCGCCAUCUGACAUAUCUAAGUUAUGGCUUAGUUGCCAGGUGGAGAAAAAUUGUUGCAGGUAGACCUUUAUUACUGCUACUAUAUAACAUUUUGUAUUGGACUGAAUUUGAUAAAAGUCCAGCCCUUGACAAAAAGUCUUAACAGUAAUGCAGGUUUCCCUUCAACAUAAUAUCUUGCAUGUUCAUGAGCCAGAAAGAGACAAGCAAUUUUGUCAGUGCAAAGCAUUUAACAGUUUCGUAGUACUUCCCUGGGUAGUGGUUUAUCUACCAACAAAUUCUUAAGGAAACGUCCAAAUGCAGGUGUUGACCAUGCAGUGAUGUGCUCAACAGUUCCUUAAAGAAGUCAUACAAGUGAAAGAGGAUAUAACAUUCCAUUGGCUUUAUGGCUAUAGCUAAGUUAUUUCAACCUUAUAAUGAAUGCAACUGGUCCUAUGGCAGGCAUGAGGCAGGUCUCGGUGGACGGUGGUGUCUAAUGUGUUGAUGCACGUGGUUUAGUUGAUGACCAUAGGUAAAGGUAUUGAGCAGUUUAGUGUUUUCAUUUUGGUGUGCUUCAUUGAUGAAGGUUCUCAAGAAACUGUUCCAAUGGUGCACCUGUGACUUUGGGCCUUGACCCAGCCAGAGGUUGUCUGACCACUACCUCUGGCUGAUAGACUGGGGUGGUAAAAAGAUAUGACUACCUAAUUGUGCUGUAUGCAUUUUUUCUAUAUCAUAGAAUUAUUUAAUGUUCAUUCUUUUAUUUAUUUGUAAUUUCUAAACAGAAUUUUAGUUUUAGAAUUCUGGAUUUGUACCAAAUUCAGUACAAACCAGGAAGGCUUCAACAUUGGAAAUGCUGUAUGUAUAAUUAUUCAUCAAGUGUUUAUUUUGUGAUGUACAGAAGGAGGACCCCACAUAUACAGCACCUUUUUUUUGGUGUUCCAUGUUUUUGUUGGCUUUCAAAUGAGCCAUUAUUCCAUGCACCAGUAACUAUUGCUGGUGGGUGGAAUGUAAUAAACAAUGGCUCAAUUUGAAGCCAAUGAAAAUGUGGAACAUUGAAAAGAGGUGCUGUACAUGUGGAGCCCUGUACUGUAUAUGGUAAUGUUAAUCAGUAUGAUCUACUUUAACUGGUUGUUAGGAGGCUCUUUUAUCCUAAAUAAAAUGUUUUUUGUAUAGAUAUGAUAGUUUUUUUUUAUUAAACUACAAGUAAUGCCCAGUGAACUUGAUUGCAAUACAGAAUUUUUUCAGCUUAUGCUUGGUAGAAUUAAGAUUAUAUUUUUUUAUAAUAUGGUUUAUUUAAUGGCAUGUGCUAUAUUCACUACAGUGCUAAACUGUUCAUAACUUGGUAAUUAACUGGAAAGCAAAGAAAUCAUUUUACUUGAUAUAGUGAAACCAAAGUUCAGUUUCAGACUAGUUAAUCAAAAGUUACAAUGUGAUAGUUAGCAACCAAACUAUUAAUGAUAGACUUCAAUGAAUCACACCUUUCCGUGGGUGAAUGAAGUACUGUACUGACAAAAGUUAUAUUUAUGUCAAAUAUUCACCAUAAUCUGUUUUCUGAAGCUAUGUCGGUGACCUCUUACACUGGAUUGUGAUCUGAUCUCAAAUAAUGGGCCUACUUGAAAUAGUGGAACUAAAGACUUGUUUUAUGCUGGGAAUAGCAAAACAGACUCUGAGAAGUAUGAUCGUCCACAACAUCCCUAACAUGUAAAAUAGCUCACAUGAAACACUGCCAGCUGAUCUUUGUGUGUAUAAAACACUCACAAUUAAAACUGUUAUAGAAACUCUGACCUUCCCAUGGAUUUAGUACUUUUUUAACUGUAUAGUAGAUUAAUAAUAAUGAAAAUGAAAACUAAAGUAUUUAUAAGAAGGCUGGACUUACCUGCUUACUGCAACUGUAUGAUAUAUAGCAUUGUAAACUGGUGUAUUUUUUUAGUUUACUCUUUACAAGAUAGUAUAUGGAAAUUAAAUGUAUUUUGUAUAUGUAUUAAUAGGUUUGACAUUCAGAAUAUUGAUUAACCACAGGAGAUAACUACUGUUGUCAAGCACUUACUGUAUAAAAUCUGAUCAAAUAAAUCCAUUUUUCACCAGAGAUUUAAAACUUGCCACAUCUCAUUUUGUGAAAGUGGCAUUUUCAAUAUUCCAUAUUACCUUAGCUGCCAUGUGAUGUAGAGGUUAUUCAAGUUAGUACUCUUAACUUGACUUAAUCGCUGCAUCAAGUGGUGCCACCAGGGACCCUUUGAUUCACUGGAAUAAAAAAAAAAAUUAGUGUUUAUAAUAUUCUGUACAUCUAUUCACAUUUCUUGAGUCAUUUGUUAAGUAGUAAGUUAAACUUUAUCCCUUGCAGCAUACAAUAUAUUUUCCUACUAUGCUUUUGCAGUUUCUUCUUCACCCUGAUGCUGGUGAGGGGGUUCUAAUCUAAGGCAUUGGACCUCUGAUCCAAUGCUUUAAAUAGUCUGAUUGCCUUCUUUUUCCCUAGAUACUGUAUGACCCCUAUGGGUUUGUCACUUUUCGAAUGUAAUAGUAAUGUUUUACAGUUUCUAUUUGCUGUUAGUAACUUUGCACCUUCAUAGCUUACUUGUUAAGGACGACAAUGUCAUAAAAAUAUAGAAUAGUAUAAGAUUUUAUUUGACAUCCAAUAUUUAUCAUUCAUAAAGAUAAUACAUGCUCCUGAGUGUAUUUAUGUAAAUAAAUAUUGUUAUACUUGAACAAA